AGCAUGAUUCAUGUAUUACUUGCAGUUGGAGAUUGCAACUUUAUUCUAUGGUAUCACUUUUCUGUACAUGUAUAUCUUGAAUUGUUGAUAUUAACCAAAGUUGCACACAAAUUAGUUGAUUCUCCUCUGUUCAGAUUCAUUGCAGGGGUUAAUUGACCUGUUUUUACAAUCACUGGAAUGCAAAACAAGUGAACUUAAGAUAACAUAUUCCAUGCAUAUAUCUUCAAAAACCUGAUUUCAUGAGUUCAUAGUCAAUUGUCUUCUUUGUGGAUGAAGGUGGGAACGUUGAGUUCCUCAGUCUCCCUCCUUUUUAGCCGAAAGAUGACCUUUGGCUACCAAUACCUGUUCUUUUACUCGUUUUGUUCAUCAACUGCUGAUUGAUAGCCAAAUUUGGUUAGCUUUGUAGCGAACAAUGAAUUCUGUUUCCGAACAAAAAGGCAACGCUUUGCAGUUUGACCAGUCACUAGUUGAUCACCUUCUAUAACUACAUCUCGUUUGGUGCAAAUCGCCUUUCAUAAUAUCAAGAUUUUCAGGAUGCAUUUCAUAUUUUGGGAAAUGAAUAAUUAUAUUUUUAACGGUAUAGGCAAUAAACUUAUCCUUCCUCUUCGGACUCGUAUCUUCCAGUGCUAUCAAACUCCCCAGUGAUGAAUUCCAGACAUUCGAUUCGAUCGACGAAGCUCGACAGCCAAUUAUUUCGAUCGUUGGUGGCACCCCAGCCGCCGCCGGUGAAUUUCCAUAUUUGACCGUUAUGCGCUACAAUGGUGGACUUCGUUGCGGUGGAUCCUUAUUUGGGGAUUCACAUGUAUUAACGGCUGCCCAUUGUUUGCACGGGUUACCUAUAUCAGACACGAGCAAAUUAAGCGUGACUGCAAACACUCUGAAGUUGGCAGCUGAUGCUAGCGCCGUCACGAGAUCAGUGGCGAAAUUCAUUAUUCAUCCAAAUUACAAUACCCGAAACAACGAUAAUGACGUCGCCUUGCUAGUCCUCAGUUCUCCCAUUAACAACGUAGAGAAAGUUUCACUUCCUGACGCGGAAAAGGUGACAACAACUACGACAUCCACAUCAUCAACAAGAAGAACAACAACAAGAACCACAAAAAGACCUUUCUUUGCAACAAAAACAACAAGAAGACCUUUCUUUGCAACAACAAGGAGACCAUCGACAGCGAAAACUACAACAAAAGUCGCCAUUGCGACAACAACGAGACCAACGGUGAAAACGUCGACAACAAGGCGCACACUAAAAAGGGCCGCAACCAAUCCGACAAUUAAAACAACAGUAAAAACCAUGACGGAAAAACCUAUUCCAAGGUCUUUCGAGACUUACGCCAAUAAGUCGGCGGUCAUCGCCGGAUGGGGAACAACAACUUCUGGAGGUAGCAUUUCACCUGUACUGUUGAAAGCUACAGUCCAAGUUCUAGACAACACGAUCUGUACCAAGCAAUAUGGAAGCUCUUUGUUCGUUAGCGCUAAUAUGUUGUGCGCUGCCGCCCCGGGUAAAGACACGUGCCAGGGUGACAGUGGCGGACCUCUUCUUGUUGACGGGGUUCAGGUGGGAAUCACGAGCUGGGGCUAUGGUUGUGCUUCUCCAAAUUAUGCUGGUGUGUAUACGCGCGUCACCAGUUACGUUGACUGGAUCUCGGCCACCCAGGUUAGCAAUCCUGCUCCAGCUUCCGGAUAAAACAUAGGUUUCUACGACCAUAGAGAAACCGCAAGACUAAUGAAUGUUUCAGAAAAUAUAACUCACGUUUGGUGUUGUCUACACACACAAAAUCGGUUAUUACUUGGUCAGUGUUUUAUUUUGGGUUCGUUUACUGUUUGGCGUUAUGUAUGGUAGCAUGAUAUGUCUGUGUGAUACAGGACAGUUAAUAAAAUUCUUCACUAAGGAAA